AUGUUGAACACUAUAAUCAAAGAUGCUCAACCGGCAAAGCGAAAGCUGGCGGAUCUUCUCGACGAAGCAAAAGCAGUGAACUUAACGCCUCCUGAUCAACAUUUAUCGGUGGAUAAAAAGCAGCAACAAUUUGAACUCAAAAGAAGGACUAUAGAAGAAAAAAUAAGGCGUCUAAAAGUCUAUGUUGGUAUACUUGGAUCAAUCAACGAAAA